AUGAGUCCUUUCGAGGUUGUUUAUGGAUACAACCCACGAGCACCGGUGGAUUUAGCACCUGUUCCUGAUUUAAAGAGAGUUGACGCUAAAGCUAACGAGCGUAUCCAACAAUUGCAACAAGUUCACAAGUUUGCUCAAGAACAUUUAACUCGGGCUAAUGAGAAGUAUAAGAAAGCGGCGGAUAAGAAGCGCAGAGAGGUGAAUUUUGAGGUAGGAGAUUUUGUGUGGGAAAUAUUAACAAAGGAUCGAUUCUCUUUAGGUGACUAUAAUAAGCUGAAGGCAAGGAAGAUUGGUCCAGUGGAAAUUCUUGCAAAAAUUAAUCCAAAUGCUUAUAAGUUGAAACUGCCUAGCCAUAUACGUACCUUUGUUGUUUUUAAUGUCAAACAUUUGGUGCCAUAUCAUGGAGAAAAUACAAAUGAUGUGGAUCAGCAAAAUUCGAGGACGAAUUUCUCUCAACCCCGGGAGAAUGAUGCAGAUGAGUCGGUUUAA